AUGCAAGCAGCAUUGACAGUUUUAGAGCAGGACAUCCCUACUGUCCAUCCAGAUGUCCUGAUAUCACUGGACGGUGUCCAGAACGCUUCGGUUAAGAGGAUGCUAGAAAACAUGGGUGUCAAACACAUCAGUUCAGAGGAUGUUAUCAAAAAACAUGUCCUUCCAUGCUUUGCCUCUGGGAAAUGGAAAGAGAAGUCAACUGAUUUGCUGCUGGCCUACGUUCAACUGAUCAAAGAGCAGUGGACCAGUGACAAGCAGUCCUUGAACAUGCUGGAAGUGAGGAGGGCCAUUCAAGUUCAAUUGACCAGUGGUCAUUUUGUCAACCCACAAGACACAACAGUACAACUUUCCGUGGAAUAUCUCAGCAUGUUUGAUCUUCCCAGCAUGUUUCCAGACUCUGUCUGGAACAUUGUCAGUAGUGCCUACCUAGACCUUUCUGGCUUGUCAUCCAAACAGACCACUUCAAACAGGCAACAAUGGAAGAUGUUUCUUUUGGCACUAGGAGUCAAGGAAUUCCUGGCUGUGGACAAACAAGAAGUGGUCCUAAAACACAGCGAAUUGGAUUCAUCUCCUUGGGCCUGGAUGAAGGACUUGUUCCCUGCAUAUGAGGGCAGAUACUACAUUGAUGAUCAGGUUUGCCCACAGUUUGACCAGCUGACCAGCCAAGUGGACAGUCCAGCCAAAUACCAGCAGAUGGUGGUUCUACUCCAGGCAUUAGAUGGCUUGUGGGAGGCUCAGUAUGCCAAUUACAAACUGGCCACAGUUUACGACGAGGACAAAAAAGAACUGAAACAAGUGGAGUCGUCAUUUUUUAUGAAUGUGAAAAAGUUGCCGUGGAUACCAUCAGAGAAAGGAAAAUUUGGUGCUUACAGAAAUAGAGGUGGUUCCAUUGACCAUUUAGAGAUGGAAAAUGUACUUCUGCAUGGCAGCAGCAUAUAUAUAAGGUACAGAGAAAUAGAAAGUCUGCUAGGAGAGCAUGUUCCAUAUCUUGCAAGGGGGAUUCAUUUGAAAUCAGCUCUGUGCAAAGAACUUGGAAUACAAACUUUCUUGUCUAAUGAAGCCAUACUUGAACAUCUAAGAGAAUGGUCCGAGGCAAGCAGUCAAGGCCAAAUAUUUCUCACCACAGUAAGGCAUAUGAAGAAUGUGUAUUGGCAUUUUGAAAGUAGAUAUACAGCAGAUGAACUGAAAGAAUUGUUUGGUCAGAAUGACUUCAUAUUUGUUCCUAAUGAAGAUGGCGCCACUUACCAGACCAAUGCAUUUGUAGCUGGUGAAUUUCUGCCUUUGAAGAUGGUGUGUUGGCAUGAUCCCACGGGUUUGGUGCAGAAAUAUGGUGCACAGGGGAAAGGUGCUGGAAUGACUGGUCAAAAAGAGAAAUACAAGAGGGAAUUGGCCCAUGUCUAUCAUGACAUGGAAGCAUUCUUCAGAGGUAUUUUACAAGUCAUGGAAACCCCCACUAUGAAAGAGUAUGUUCAACUUCUACAGGAAAUAGCAGAAGAGAACCCUGUGCCCAACCACGCAGCCACACUCCAUGCUUACAAGAUUUUUGAAAUACUUGGCCAGAAAUGCAAAAAGAAGGAAAACCCAAGUGGCAUUGUUGGCCAGAAAGGGAGAGGCAUCCUCUCAGAACCCACAGAUGCUUCCAAUGUGGAAUUGGACUCGAUUUUUGCAGGGCAGUUGAAACAUUUACUGGAAACUGCUGAUGUGAUACCGACCUCCAGCAACAAGUGGGUUCAGAUUCAAGAGGAUCCGCUCCUGGCGGAUGACCCACGUCUUGCAGAGCUCUUCAAGAAACAGGUGGCUGAGAAGAUCCUGCUGGUGGCUGAACCUGUAACAGUUGUUUCAGGUAUUCAGCAGUCUAGUUCUGAGGACCAAGUUACUGAAUUGAGGUCAAGGGCAGAAUUUUUCUUCAAGGCUGUUGGAAUCAAAACUCUUUCCGAGGGCGUAGAACAGGAGGUGGUCCCAGAGAGCACACGCCCAAGCCCAGAAGUUCAGCAAUAUAUUCAUAAAGUGGUGCCUUAUAUACAACAGUUUUUGUUUUCCUUUCACCCCACUGUGUACAAGAAACUGCAAGAAAAGAAGGUGUCUGCUGUCUUGAAACUUCUUUUGUUUUACCAGAGCAGUAAGCUGGAUGUUGUGUACAGACUGAGAGACAAGCCACGUGUUAAUGUGACCGUGCAAGAAAAGUGCAUCUUGCAGAACGAGCGUGAGUUUUAUGUCCACAAGGACAGCGUCAAAUCCUACAGAGAUAUGGACAAGGAGCUGGUGAAGAUUUUCCUUCCAGCUUCUGCACAAGAUUUGGAGACUGGGCUCCUGAAUUUUCUGCAGGUUUUGAGGAUGCACAUCCAGAAGCCAGAUGGUGGGAUGACAGAUGCAGACUUCCAGAGAGAACAGAAGAUGAAGGCUUUGCCUGAAGAGGAGGAAAGAUGGGCGGUGCCAGAACCUGACCAGCUGUUAAUAAGACCCUCUCAAAAGACUGAAUCUAAGGAGCAUCCUCUUGAUGACCUUAACUGGACUGAGAAAGAUGAGAAAGCAAAGAAGAAAAAGAACCCUCCAGAGGCAGGAGAACUUACAUCCUGGCCACCCCCACCACCAAAGGAAAAAAUGGGUCCACCAACUGAUUCGGAAAGAUCCCAACCACAAGCUACAGGCAAGCCUUCAACGGGCAGCGCUCCAAUUUCUGAGCCAUUGCACUUACAUGUAAAAGAUGGAGAUAACCAUGCAUCUCAAAGAGCACAGAAAGACCAUGGUCCUUUCAGUCAGGUGGGAACUAGUCCUGUCUUGCCUCAAAUACAGCCAUCUAGUGGACAGAAUCAAGUGACGAAGGCAGACAGCAGAGAUGCCCCAAUAGACCAAGGGCAGAGUAGCAGCACAACUGAAGAUGGCUCUGUUGGAAGACCUGUUGACAAGACAGGACAAGUUGUCAACCAAAGACCAGAACAAACCCAGCAUGUUCCUGACAGUGUUCCAACAGUGCAGCACCAAGCCCUCCCUCAGUUUGGUGUACCCUCUCAGUUUGGUUUCAGUGUUCCUGGUCCACAAGUAGACCCUUCACACCAUCAUCAGCAGGGGAGUCAAGACAUGGGAUCCCGUGGUGGAGAAUCGGAUUUAUUUUCUCUGUUUUCCUCACCACCACGGUCUCUGGGGCCUGCACUAUUUGGCCCCGGAGACAGCAUAGAACAAGUGCAAUAUGAAGACACCACUGGUAUUAAUAUAGAGACUGCACUUCCUCCAGUUGCUGAGGUUCUUGUCGGCGAUAAGAAGCAUAUCGGGGAAUGGGGAGAGAAGUGGGUGAACAGUUUCUUGCAGGCCAAGUUCAGGGAGCAGAUAGAGAAGAAAUACCUUGUUAUCCAUUGGGUGAAUGAGAAACAAGAAUCUGGGAAGCCUUUUGAUUUCUGUAUUGAGUGGAUUGCUGAAGAAAAGCAGGUCUUUAUUGAGGUGAAAAGUACUUUUGCAGAAAAUAAAGACAUGUUUGAGAUCUCGUCCCAAGAGCUUAAGGCUGCACAGAAGUUGAAAAAAAAUUACCAGAUUUACAGGGUGUAUAAUGCUGGUAAUAGCUUUCAGCCUGUGAAACUCAGGGUUCUGGAGAAUGUCCUGCAACUUCUGGAUAGCAAAGCCAUAAAAAUGAGCAUGUGGUUGUAG